AUGAAGUGGUUCAUGUCUCAGUACCCGAGAAGCUCACCUUUGAGGAAGCUAAAGAGCUGUGUCGUAAAAGAGAUGGCGUUCUUGCAUCGGUUGGGAACCUGUAUGUUGCCUGGAGGAAUGGCUUUGACCAGUGUGACUAUGGCUGGCUGGCAGAUGGCAGCGUUCGUUACCCCGCCUCAGUGGCAAGGCCCCAGUGUGGUGGAGGUUUACUUGGGGUGAGAACCCUGUAUCGCUAUGAGAACCAAACAGGCUUUCCUUACCCUGAUAGCAAGUUUGAUGCCUACUGCUAUGAACGGAAAAAAAUCAUAUCAGAGCCUACAACUGUUAAGCUUACAUCCCUGAAAACUGACAGUGUGAAAUUGUCAUCUGCUAAAGCUACUCUUAAACCUCCUGUUUUUGAGACUUUGAUUACUGAAGUGGCUGUCACCAAUACCGAGGUCCCUGGUUUGGAGGAAACAACCCUGGAGACUGAAGAAGAUACAGCAAUGACUACUGAUGUGGCUGAGGAAAAAAGGGAAAUGGAGGUGCUUAUGGAGAACAUUAAGUUAACCACCCUUCUACCUCAGACUGUCACAGAUGGUGAAAUAAGCACUUAUGAUACACUGGGAAGGACUGAAUACGAUGUUUCACCUAGGUUAACAGACAGCACAUCUGCAGCUUUGGAACUGGAGCACACUUACUCUGAAGCUGAAUUGCCCGAGGAACAAGGUAGGUCUGAAAGCAUUGAGGACGCUUUCUUGACCUCUAUAAUUUUUCAGGAUAGAACAGCUGUAGCUAAGAGUUCCACUGGUUCAUGGGAAGAUGCUGAAACAGGAGAUACAGAAAAACAUGAUGCUGAUAAUCAGACUGAACAAAUAGAAGUGGGUCCUGUGAUGACAGCUACAGAUAGCUUGUUACCAUCUUCUCAGAGAGAGUUUCCCAGGACAGGGACUUCAGUUUCACUAACAAAAGAGAAUAUAUAUGUUGGUGCCCACUCAACAAAGGAACCCACAAAAAAGUCAAUGGAGGCAAAAUCUGACAAGAAACUUACAACUGUUGUAAUCCCUAAAGCUUUGUUCACUGAUCAGUAUGAUCUUACUACAGAGAGGGAGGGCAGAGAAAGCAUGUACACUGUUAUGCCUGAUAGAGUUUCUGGCAUGGCUACUGGUAGCAUCCCAGAAUCAGAUGUGCCUGCUGCAUCAGAGACACUCACAGAUGAGCAUGUAGUAACCCCUGGACAAUUUUCUACAGCAGAUGAGUCAACUUCAUUAAUUAAAUUUAGUUCUGCCACAGUGUUUGAUAAUGAGGCAUCAGCUGAAGGAAACAGAGAGGACCUGAAAGAUGUGCAGCCUACCAUGUCAUCUGGAAUACCUGUAUCUUUUUCUGGAUCAACUGUUAAUCAAACAGGAUCUGAGGCCACCACUCUCUCAGGAAGUACCAUUUCCUGGCAAAACAUUGGAGAAGGCACCACAUCUGUGAUCCACUCAUCUCAGCAAACUGAAGGGUCAGCAGUUUUAGAGGAGCAGGAAGAAACAAAGGAGCCAGAAAUGAGAACAAUAGAUAUUAAGAUUCCUCAUUCCACAACUGUCAUUCCUACAGCAGAAUCUGAGGAAUAUCCUACAAGUGAGAAGUUCACACAGGCUCCUCCAGCUUCUGCCAUGUGGCUGCCGACAGAUAAAGAUCAGGAGGGUAUGAUGGAAGAGUCAUCUCAUACUAAGAGAAUACAUGAGUUAGACACAGAAGAUAGUAUCUCUGGAAUGGAGCCUACAUCAUCUCCAGGGCAAAUUACAGAAUAUACAAAGCAUCCAGGAGCUCCACUUCUGGCAGUUACAGAUGCAACUGCCAUGGAGCCAGAGGAAACAAAAAGUGAUGAAGAAGCUGUAUCAGCUGAUUUUGAUCAGAGUAAAGAUACUACAGGUAUCUCCCACACAAGCAGCUCUUUGGGUCUGGAAAUGAUCACAGUAUCCAAAACAUCAGUGGAUGAAAGUAGUGCAACAAUAAAGUCUUUCAGGUCCUCAGUUGUUACUGUAUUACCAACUGCUAUGCCUACAGUCAUGGAGGUAACCGAACAUGACAGAGAUGAAACAUCAGGGUAUGUCUUCAAAACGUCCAUUCCUACCUCAGAAGUUGAACAAAGAGAGGUGGCUGAGACAUCAGUAGCAACGCCUGCUGAAGACAUCUCCACUGAAAUGGAGGUCUCAAAAUACACAGUGACAGUGGAAGACCAGACAAGCGUUGCAACAUCACCUGAGGGGUGGUCAGUGGUAACGCUUCCAGACAGAAAAGGAACACCAUCAGCUGUCUUUGGAGGGACAAAUGAAUCUAGUAUAUUUACAGAUGGAACAGAGGUAGAUACUACAGUUCCACAGAAAGAACAUGAUGCUUCCCUAGUUCCAGGUACUGUAGAGAGUGAGGUCACUAGAGAUGUGUCAGUUACUGUUCGGACUCCUUUUGAUGGUAUCGUUCAUACAGAAGCAACAGGAACAGCCACAAAAGAUAGUGCGAUGUUCCUAGAGGAAUUCACCACAAAGGAUCAAGAUGAAGAACAAGAUACUGCCACAGAGUCUACUUUAUCUGUGACAUCUGUCCAAUCACAGGAAGAAAAGACAGCACCAGGAUCUGAAUCAUCUCAAACAGCUAUUCAGGAAAACCAGGAUGAGACAGGUUCAGCUUAUGAUGAGACAUAUCCAGCAACAGAGGUAUCAGUGCCUGCAGUGAAGCUCACAGAUUACGGAGUAUUUCUGGGACCUGAUGAAACUAGCACCAGGGUCUUGCAUCUCACAGCGACUCCGAAAGCUGAAGCUGCUACUGAUCAAGAAGAGAAGGUCACUGAAGUGGUGCCUGUGACAGCGGGUACCCAGGCAAAACCACAUGGAAGUAGUGUGUUUCCCACGAGGAGAGAAGACAGUGAUGUUGUGAGCUGGGAAUCUGUGUUGCCGCCCCAUACGAUGCCAACAGGUGAUUCUACUGUGGAAAGCAUUACUCAUCUGACUUUGGGAGCUUCUCCAAGCCGAACUCUGGAAGGUUCAGGAAUAUCAGAAGAACCUGAAGAAAUCAAAACAGCUGUAUUUUCAGCUAAUGCAACAGAUAGAGUAACAACUCUCAGUGAUGUGACAACACCUUCCAUUAGUGCUGUAGAUAAAAUACAGCCUACAUCAGCAUCCAAACCUUUUGUUACUCAGCAGUCACCACGUAUCAUUCCUGAAGAAGAAGAGGAGGUAACAAGCAAUGACAUCAUCAUAAUUGAUGAAUCUAUUUCUCCCAGUAAAGCCACUGCUGAUGAUGAUCUGACAGGGAAGAUGUUAGAACCAGAAAUUGAUAAGGAAUAUUUCACAGCAUCAACUGCUACUGCAGUUGCACGACCUACUGCACCACCCAAAGUGAAGGAGGCCACAGAGGCUUUACAACCUCAAGACGUGUCUCCUUCUACUUCACACCCUGAUAGUGGGAAUGACAUAAAGUUGUAUGUUAUUCAAAUCACAGGCAAUGAUACAG